GAGAGAACCGAGUUGCGGAAGCAGAAGGGCGAGCAGGACGCCAGGACUCGGAGGAUUACGGCCGCCUGAGGAGCCGGGAAAGGUGGGGGCGGGCCCUGGAGGGGACCCAGGCCCCGGACCCGCGGACGUCGCCGCCGUCGGAGGCGCGCCCAGGGGGCGGGGCCUCCCCUAUGGCCCCGCCCAGGAGGCGGUUCCGCCCAGCUCCCGCCCCGAGACGCGAGGCGCCGGCCGGCUCCUCCCUCAGCUCCAGUCAUCGCCUCUCCUCCUCCCCGCCCGGCGUAUGGUUCUAGAAUUCGCCGCGCAGCUGCCUCAGGUGCUGUGGCCAAGUGCGGUCAGCGGCGGCACAGCCACCCGGGCGCUCUGUCCCUGCCUGGCCCUCAAGCACCAAUGAGGAGACUCACUCCACCUACCCAGCCCAGUCCAGUCAUUCAGGUACAAGAAGAUGGAGACAACCUCAUCCCUUUUGCCAAGUGUUCCAGGGUGGUCAGCCGAUCUCCACCCCCGAGCUUGCCUUCCCAGAGCCUCAGACUGACACCCCAGCGUUAUGGAGACAUCUUUUGGGAGAACCUUAGUCAAAGGCCCAGCCCCACCUGGAUGGAGGAACAUUACAUCCCACCCCUGCUGAGAGCCACGGGUUGCUCCCAGCCUGGCUUAUAUCCCCCUGAGGGGCUCCCACCCCCUGAGAUGCUUUGCAGAAGAAAGAGAAGGAGGCCUCAUUUGGUGGGAACGCAGCAGGGACCUGGGGGCAUCCCAGCCCGGGUAAGGGCUGUCACUUAUCACCUGGAGGAUCUACGGAGGAGACAGAGAAUCAUCAAUGAACUGAAGAAGGCCCAGUGGGGCAGCCCUGAGGCUACGUCUGAGCCCCUGGUGCCCGAUGAAGAGGGCUGUGAAUUCCCCAGCACCACCAAAUACCCUGCCCUGGAGGCAGAGAGGGCAACCUAUCCAUGGGAAGAGGACCACUUUCUCACUCCCGGCCGGGCCCAGCUGCUUUGGUCCCCCUGGAGUCCCCUGGGCCAGGAGGGGUCUUGUCUCUCCAGGCAGCUGAGCUCUCUGCCCUCCUACAGCACUGUCACAGCCAGUAGGAACCCCCUUUACAACCCCUGGGGGAUGGAGCUGCAGCCUGAGGAGUAAGGAGAAACUGUCAAUGCCCAAGAUGCUAGCGCUGCCUCACGGGCCCAAGACUAGUUCUCAUCACUGGAAUCUCCCCAUUUCUGGAAUCCAGGCAUUUCCCUUUCCUUAGCCUCUCCCAACCUCCUCUCCUGUCCUCUGAACUAGGCACUAAAAGCCCCCUUGGCUCCCAUCUCAACCCACCUCUCUCACAGGAUCUCCCCAAGGCCUGUUGUACCCCCCCCCCCCCCCCCCAGGCCCGCUCCCUAGCACUGUGUUCUUCUCUCUGUUCUGUUAUUAAAAAGCAAGCAAGUUGAGCCCAGAGUUGUCUUUCUCUCCGGGAGGCACUGAUGGAGAGGCUCACGGGGAAGGAGGGCUCCUUUCACCUUCUCGAGGACCCAGUUACAAUGAGGUCGGGCUGGGUCCUCAAAAUUGAAGCGUCCUGCCCCAAGUCCGACGUUCCUCGCCAGCACUGGCCGGCCGCCCGCGCCCCACUCUCCUGGCCCGGAGGUCACGUCAGUUGGCCGAGCUUCCGCCUCGGGGACCCCGGAAUCCUGCCUCGCAGCACUCCUGCCCCUUCUGGGACUUCCCGG